UCCCACAUGGACAGCAGGCUGAUUAAACACAGUUUGCGUCCGGCUGUUAUGCAACCUCUGAACGCCUAUAAAGGGCUGAGACUGGACUCGGCCUCCACCUUUGGAGGCUGCCGGAGCUUCAGGAUGGAUGGAGGCUGCUGGAAACUCGCUGUGGCCCUGAUGCUGCUGCUGCUGGGCGCUGCGCAUGCAGAAGGGCAGCUGUCGUGGCGGAUGGAGGACUUCAUCCGGGCGGUGCAGCAGGUGGAGGAUGCUGGCGGCGCCUCUCAGCCCGGCGCCGUGCUGAGGACGCUGCGGCGGGCGGCGGGCCUCGGCGACGCCGUGGUUCAACACUUCCUGGGAAACGCAGAGUCCCGCGCCCCAGGGCUGACCUCCGACCUUUCGGACUACGUGCGGACGGCGGUGCACCACCGGGUGACGGAGGCGGCCCGGGAGGAGGGGGUGGUCCUGACGCCGGACGGCAGCACCGUGGCCCUGGCCCCGCUGCUGCUGGGCCUGGAGGCCGGGUUCCGGGCCAGGACCCCGGGCCGGACCCGGGGCCUGCUCCAGCUCACCCUGGCCAAAGACCUGGGCGUAGCUCUGAGCGCCGCCUCCUCCGCCUCCACGCCCCUGGCCUCCGACGGCUGCUGGGACAACAGGACGGCCCCCCGGGUCUUCACCCUGUCCCACCCCGGCGCCCCGCUCACCGCCGCCCAGGUCAACGGGGCCAUGGACGGGGUGGUGCUGGGUACCCGGGUGUCAGGCGGGUCCGCCGGCUCCGCCCGGCUCAGCAGCCUGCUGACGGAGUACUACUGCCACCGGCUGGACGGCACCGGGAUGGACGGAGCGCCGCGGUUCAUCAGCCGCCGCCGCAGGGAGAACUUCAAGGCCCUGGCCCCGCCCCCGGUCCUGACCCGGCUGGCCGUGAAGGCGGAGGAGCUGCGGCGGAGGCUGGGGGGCCGCUCGGCCAUGGAGGCGGCGGAGAAGCGGCGGCUGGCGGCGGCGGUGAAGGAGGGGAUGAAGGAGUUCGUGCACGUGUUCAUGAAUUGUCCCCCCAUCGUGUCCCGGUGCUCGUGGGGCGCGGCGCCGUACCGGGGGACCCCCACCCAGCUGUCGCUGCCCCUCAGCUACCUGUUCAUCCACCACACCGCCUCCCCCAGCCAGCCCUGCCUCUCUUUCGAGCAGUGCGCGGCGAACAUGCGCUCCAUGCAGCGCUUCCACCAGGAGGACAACGGCUGGGACGACAUCGGGUACAGCUUCGUGGCCGGCUCUGACGGGAACAUCUACGAGGGCCGCGGGUGGAACUGGCAGGGCGCCCACACCUCGGGUUACAACUCGGUGGGCUACGGCGUGUCCUUCAUCGGGGACUACACGUCGCGGCUGCCGACGCAGAGCGCCAUGGCGCUGGUGAGGGACCAGCUGGCGGCCUGCGCCGUGGCGGCCGGCCGGCUGAAGAGCAGCUACAUGCUGCGGGGCCACCGGCAGAUGGGGAGCACCACCUGCCCCGGAGACGCCUUCUACCAGGAGAUCAGACGCUGGGACCACUUCGGGUAAAUCAAGAACAUGAGGAAGAAACCUGGAUCAAAACAAACUUCAUAAUAAAUGUUUGUUUU